UGAUCGCGGGGAAUCAAAGGUGGAUUUCUCCAUCCAGCGACGGUCACCACAAUCACAUCCCAUCUCAGCCCGGGUCCAGCUUCUCCGGGUAUUUAGGCCCAACCGGACAUCCUGCUGCGAGAUUAUGAGUGAGCGUGGCCUGCCGGUUCGAUUGCUGGCGCGAACUUUGCGGAUUGCUAAUUUUAUUGGCGCGAGGUUCGCUGAUUUAUAAUGACGAAUCCAGCCAUGCCUUGAGGAACAAGGACACGCGACGCUUCUCCCCAACGAACCCGCGUCGAUCCCGUCGGUCGGUCAAUGUAACUGCGGAGUCGACAGCAAUACGGGCUCACUGCUGAACAGCAGUGGCUGGACUUUGCUGGAUUUCAAAAGCUCGACCCAGCCCGCCUAGUUCAAAAAGCUCGUCGAAGACCAGAGCGAUGGGAGCUUGCCUGGUGUUCUGGUCUACGAGGAACCGCUUGACUUGAGCUACCUUUACGACAGAGACCCUGUGAUCAUCCGAGCGAACAUGGCUUCUGCAGACAUUCCCUCGGCCCCUCCGCUAUCCCACAUCCUUGAAACUGUCCUCUAUGUGCGCGACGUCCAGGUGUCAGCCAAAUUCUACACAGACGUGCUUCAGACACCACCCUUUAUUGUCAUGGUGGGAUGGCCAGUCUAACCAGAAAGCCCGUUCGCGAGUUGACAUGGCGUAUUUCUCGCAGGACAACGUGGCCGGUUUCGCCCUCGGCACCACGACUCUUCUACUCUUCAAACUGGGCGGAACAGAUGAUGACCGCACCAGACCCGGCGGUAUGAUUCCGAAGCAUGGCCCCACGAAACCGCUUUCCUCUGUCCUCAUGUCGGCCCGGCCGAGUGCCAGUGACGACUUGGUGCCGAAUCUUAGACAGCAUUUCUGCUUUGCCGUUUCCGACCCGGGAGCCGUGAAGCUGUGGGAUGAGAGGCUACAGAAACUCGGCAUAAAGAUCAGGUCAAGAAUGGACUGGCAAGCCGGAGGGAAGAGUGUCUACUUUGAAGAUCCGGAUGGUCAUGUUGGUGAGAUUGGCUCGAGGGGGCUUUGGGCUCAUUAUCCUUUGGAGGAGGACUGAACUAUCGUGCCCCGUUGGCCUCUGGUUACAAGGUGGGUUGAGAAGUUGUUUGCGAGUAACUUUGCAUAAGAUUGUCAUUUAAUACAGUCGCGUGAAACGUUCUACAGGAGGCCAGGCAAACAACACUGUCUUGUUUGCCGAGGGGAUUUUUCUGGUCUAAUAACUAUGAAUGUUUGUCGCAAAUGUCACAUAGAUUGAUUUCCAACUUUUUGGCAGGACGGUGGCACCGUCUCCUGCAAGUGCCAACAAUCUUUUGCCAGUGAUCUGUUUGCUUCUGAGGCUCAUCAGGUUGCAUAUGGAGAAGACAAUUACCCUGUGAACCUCGCUACAAGGACUAUAAAGGACCACUGCUUUACCAUCCUACUCGCUUCCAGUUGGGUCUUAGAAGCUUGUUAUACCGGGUUAUAGGUAUAAAUGGUGAUGUGUUUGGGCGCUCAUUUCACGGCCUCCGAACAUACCAUCAUCUAAUCCACCUGUGGCACUGCAGGCGUUUCCGUCUG